CUGUGCUCGACAAGAAUAUUCAUAUAUUCUACCCUGUCGUCUAGAAUCUCUGGUACAGGCCAGAUUAGAUUCUUCUCUCGUCGCCUUUUUUUUUCUCCAGUUUCAGAUUUUAUUCGAGUCAAAACAAAAGAAACAAACUUGGCUGGUUCACCUGGCACAGAGAUCUCUUCUCUUCCAACCGCCCUCCGUCCUCACAAGUAUCAAACAUCCUCCGUCAUUCAGAGCUAGUUCUCUCAGCCAGUUCAUCACGAUGGCCUCACUCGGCGGCUUUGAUCGCCCGCCACAGCGCGACUCAUGGUUCGCGCCGCUGUCCGUCGACCUCUUCCUGAAGGUCCUGAACGUGACCUUCUUCCACCCCUUCGUCGCCUGGAUGAUCCCUCUGUGCUUCCGCGCCGAGCACAUGGACUGGGACAAGAUCCCUAUCCGGGUCUCCGUGUGGUAUGCGACCCUGGUGACAGUGUGCUGGACCCUGGGCCAGGUCAACCGGCGCAUUGCCUUUGGCCUCCCGCGCAAGGUGAACCUCGAGAAUGAGGUCAUUGUCAUCACGGGCGGCUCCAGUGGGCUUGGCCUGCUCAUUGCGGAGGUUUAUGGCAUGCGCGGCGCCUCCGUGGCGGUGCUGGACGUGAGGGAGAUGGACAACGGCGAGGCGAGAGGUGUCACAUACUACAAGUGCGAUGUCACCAACAAGGAGCAGCUGGCACAUGUCUCUAGACAGAUCGAGGAAGAGCUUGGCACGCCGACAGUGCUGAUCAACAACGCCGCCAUUGUGGUCGGCAAGCGCCUCCUGGACAUGAGCACCGAGGAGAUGGAGAAGAGCCUCUUCACCAACCUCCUGUCCAGCUUCUACACCCUCAAGACCUUCCUCCCCGCCAUGAUCCGCGGCCAACACGGCGGCACCAUCGUGACCGUCUCCAGCGUCAUCGGCCAGGUCGGCGCCGCCCAGCUGACCGACUACGCCGCCGCCAAGGCCGGCCUGAUCGCCCUGCACAAGUCCCUGACCGCCGAGCUGCGCCAGUCCCAUCCGGACAUCCGGACCGUCCUCGUCACCCCGGGACAGCUGUCCACGCCGCUCUUCUACGGGGUGCAGACCCCCAACUCCUUCCUCGCCCCCGUCGUGGAGCCCGUCGACGUCGCCAAGGAGAUCAUCAGCGCCAUCGACAACGGGCUCGCCGAGUUCAUCAGCGCCCCUCUGUAUGCAAGGCUUAUUGAUUGGUACAACGUCCUGCCCGUGGGGCUACAGCAUCUCGCUCGUAGGAUUGCGGGCAUCGAUACGGCCAUGAAGACCUUUGUGGGGAGGAAGGGCAAUGAGUUGAGUGAGAAGAAUGGCAACCUUAUAUAGACAACGGGGCGCGGGCGCCUUGUAGAUUUAUAUAUAUAUGGAUCACAGCGGGACAACAGGGAUGGCUUAUAUACGGCAUAAUGCGACUUGGGUCUAAUGAAGACACGAGGCUUGUAAACGGGACUGAGACUCGAUUGGGGGGAGAGCAGGAGCUCGCUAUCGGUUUAUCAAAGAGACAGGGCGGUGCUUUACGUUACGAGGCGGGAUAUAUUCUCGC